AUGAUGUGCUGCAGUGGUGUGGUGCACCUGGUGGGGGGUUUGACUGGUCUGGUGGGGGCAUGGAUGGUGGGUCCCAGAACAGGCAGAUAUGGGGGUACAUCAACUCAGAGGAAGAGGGACUUCGAGAGAAUGGACAACCCCACCAACUCACUACUCGGAAUGUUCAUAUUAUGGUGGGGUUGGCUCGGGUUCAACUGUGGCAGUACAUACGGGGUCGCUGGUGGAAAAUGGAAACUGGCAUCCGUAGCGGCUGUUACGACUAUCAAUGCAUCAGUCGCUGGAGGAUUUGUUGCUUUUGUGGUGAGCUAUGUUGCAAAAGGCGGCAAAUUCGAGCUGCAUUACAUCAUCAGCGGGACUCUAGGAGCGCUGGUAUCUAUCACCUCUCAGUGUGCAGUGGUCGCCCCCGUCGAGGCAUUCGCCAUAGGAGCCAUAGGGGGUGCACUGACUCUAGCGAGCCAUGAACUACUGACCAAAGUGUUGAAAGUGGAUGACCCUGUGGGUAGUGUCAGUGUGCAUGGGGUGGGAGGGGCAUGGGGCGUGAUCUCUCUUGCCAUAUUCGCACAUGCUGACUUCACUGAAGUAGGACUCAUUGAUGAUUCAGGUUUGAUUGCCGGUGGUCAUAUUUCUCUUCUCGGAAAACAGCUGGUGUACUUGAUGAGUAUAAGUGCAUGGACUGUGUUGACAACGUAUGCAGUUUUGAAGCCACUCGAUCUGCUCAUUGGACUCAGGGCUAACUUAGUCGUAGAGAUUUUGGGUGCGGAUUUGGUUGAACACAGUUUGUCUGGCAGUUACGAUCACAAGACCAGAUUUGUGUUCGAUGAACUCCACAACGUGGUCGGAAGAGUGAGUACUCACUGGGGAAAAGACAAGGAAGUCGACGAGUUGGAGAAACUGUACAAUAAACUACAAGCUACCAACAGGGCCAACUACAUUCUCAAAUUGCGCCGAGGUUGGGGAGAGACGAACAGAGACAGCAGCAGGUACUCCAGCAGAAGGAAGUACAACUGGACUGGACUGGUGGGCAACAACAGUUUUUUCCUCAAUGGACAGAAUGAACCCAACCAGGAUCCGAAGGCGUCUAACUUAAGAGCCAGACAUCCUUCUGGUCCGCAGAACUUGAACCGAAACAACACAACUACAGAUGCGCUGGCGCAGAUAAACGAGGCUUUCACUACAGAUUAAUGCGGGCAU